AUGAGUUGGGGCGCCAAGCUAGUACCAUCUGAGGAAUGGAAAGUCGUUGGCGAGGCGCUUAUUCUUUUCGCCGAGUGGGCUUCUCGCGGGGUCUGGAAAAGGGACUCUAAACGAAGAUCUCUCAUUAUUCGAUUGAGCGAUGGAGUCAUGGGAGUUCACCGAGGAUCAACCUUUGGGGCAGCAAUGGACCUGAAGAAGAAGAAGAAGGAGGAGGAGGAGGUGAAGGAGAAGAGAGAGAAUGACGUUACUUCGAGCAAGCUGGUCACCUUCUCGGUCGUUCUCGGGACGACAGGACGAAUAUGA